AUAGCAUUGAGUGAUCAGAGCAAGCGUAUCAUAACAGAAAUGCAGAGUUCAGAAUAGCAGAAAUAACCAAACAGCUAGGGAUUGAUGUUUUCAUUCAUUGUCAAACACGAAAAUAUAUGAAAUAUUGAAUUUCGUGAUAAACAAUCGCAAUCGAGAUUGAUUCGAGAUGUUCAAGAAAAUGUGGAGAAUAAAAUUAAUUCAGUGGAGUAUACCUCCUCAUGAAUAAGAAAAAAGUGAAAUCCCUUGUCAGUAAAUACUGGAGUAAAUACGGGCGAAUUGAGUUUAUCGGGGACGAUCAAAAUGGACUUCGAGUUGCAAUUACUAAAUAUCAAGUUAAUCAAUAACGCACUGUUUCAUAGUGCACAGUUGAAUAAAUGUUAACGCGCAUUUUGCUUUUUAGGCAAUUAGACUAUUAACUAAACUAUGAGAUGCAUAGAAGAAAAUUCAAUAGAAGUGUGACUAGUCCAGCGAUAGGUAAAAAACCCCAACACGUUUCAAGGAUGACUAUACAGGGUGAUACUGAAGAGGGUCGUGGAAUACAUAAUUCUUUAGAGAGUCCAGUCAGAAAGAAUCAUUCUCAAGGAAUUGAAGAUUCUUCUAGUUGGGAUCAACAAAGUGGAGCUACUUCAGCUUCAUGGCCAGAAGACAUGGAGGAGGCGGCGACAAGAAAAGUUAUCUCAUAUUGGGAAGCUGUUGAAAGAACUUUAUACGAUGAAGAGAAUCAAGUGAGAUCUGGAAGUGUUUAUGACGAAUGUGUACAAUGGCGAACACAGAUACCACACCUGCGAAUAGUUGGGCAAUGUCCAGUCUCAAUGCAGAAAAUUUAUAGGCCUGAUACCUCCUUAAAAAAAAAAACAGGAAAUAUAUUGGAGAAUUCAAGUAUUGAGAAUGAAGAAACGUAUGCAGAACAUAAGCUACCACAAGAUUUAGAUAACUCGUCAAAGCAUCAGCAACGAGAUAAAUCGAGGAAAGCAAUUCUUCAGUUGAUCAUGGAAUUCUUGUGCAGACAGCUUUCUCUUGAUGAACAAGAAUCAGAUUUACUAAGUAAUGAAUUAGACAUGGUUUUAAGAAUAACGCCAGCACCAACGUACAGUGGCAAAAAUCCCAGAUCCAGAGUUAGCGCCAAGAGCAGAAUAGAUGACGAAGAAAAUAAAGUAUUAUUAGAAGAAAGAAUGUUUUUGGCAAGCGGUGGGUCACUGAUUUCGGCAAGGAGGCAAAACGUCUCAAGAGAUGCCAAUGAAGAGAAUUUUCUAAUUGAAAGGGAGAGGCUCUACACACCCCAAUUAAGCAGAAACAAGCUUGGUACCGUUUUUAACGAAAAAAUCGUGGUGAGCCCUGUACCCUUUGUCGUAACGACUAGAGAAAGCUUCUCGACCUUGAAGACAAUUCCUAUCAGAUUUAUGGAGCAGUCUCUAGAGAUAACGGCUCCUCAAAGGUCUGCAAGAUUAGUGGAAUCAGGUUUUAAAAGCUCCUCUGCGAGGAGAGCCGCUCUUGCAAGGAUUCCGCAAGUUCAAUCUGCCUGGCAAGCACCAGUCUGUCCAACCAUUUGGCCAAAGAAUGUCAGACUCGCACCCAUUGAUACCUCAAGAUUACCAAGUAGCAAGAACAGAUCAUUGGCAACUUCUCCGACUUCCGUUCCACGUAGUCGAAAUUCCCUGAUUCCCAUAUCACGUGACAUGGUUCUAGUAUCGCCACUGGUGUCUCAGAACAACAACCUUGAGAGUUUGGAAAUACAAGGCAGACAAAUCUCGGCGCAGACAUCGAAAUCGAGUUUAUUGAAACCUGGCUGGGAUUCCAGUCCAAGAAUAAUGAAGAAAACAAGAAAGAAAACACGAGGCAAAGUCGCGCGAUGAUUCGUUUGCUCUGUCUGGUAGCUGACUAUUCAAAAGAGUCCUCAAGAAUGAAAGAUGCAUAUGCCUUUGUGAGAACCACAGGAAGUUCAAAGGAGCGUGGACGGAAUUCUUUUCCGUGUAAUCUAUGAGACAGGGGAACUAUAAGUUCUUGUUCGUGCGGGGCACGCGAAUAUAUCGAUUAAAGCGCACGCCGAUCACGCAUUACGAGUUUUCCAAUUGUUUGAUCGUAAGAUUAAAGCGUUCUACCUCACAGGUUCUACGCACGCAAAUAAUUAUAUAUUUUUGUAAAUCAUACUCCACACUCUCUGUUUCUUCUGUAUACAUAUCCAUAUAGCCUAACACAUAGAUGGAAUAAAUGUCUACUUGCCGGUA